CUGGUAGAAUUAAAAAACCAGCAUAUAGUAAAGUUGCACAAUGGGUUAAAGUAGCAUGGAAAAAUAAUAUUGAAAAUGAACCUGUUGAAGAAGAAAUCUUAAUUGAUGAAAAUAUGUAUAGCGAUAAUAUAGAAAAUUAUGAAAAUCUAUGGAAUUAA